ACUUGCUCCCUGCCCGGGGUGAGCCCAGGGCCGGGGGAUGGAGCGGCGCUGGCUGGUGCUGGGACUGCUCGCGGCCACCUGGGCGCCCGCACCUGCCCGGGGGACAGAGAUGUGUCUGUAUAAUCCUCCUGAGGUCCGCUAUGCCACAUUCAAAGCCCUUGAGUACAAGAAUGGCACCAUGCUAAACUGUGACUGCAAGACGGGUUUCCGCAGAGUGAACAGGCUCUCCUACAUGACCUGCUUGGGAAACUCAUCCUGGAACGACGAGUGCCGCUGCGUCAGCCUCUCCAAGGCCAGCACGGGAAGACAAGUCUCAGCGGCUCGCGAAGACCCGCACAGGGAACCGGCAGCGGCGCAGAAGGCAGCCCCGCCCGAGGCGCGCGCGCCCCCGCCGGAACUCUCCUCUCCUCUUCCAGGUCAGUGCAGGGAGCCCCCGCCAUGGGACCAUGAAGGGAGCGAGAGAACCUACCACUUCGUGCUGGGACAGACGGUGCACUACCAAUGCUUGCCAGGGUACAGGGCCCUGCGGAGAGGCCCGGCCACAAGCCUCUGCAAGAUGAUCCGAGGGUCGACCACGUGGACUCAGCCGCAGCUCAGGUGCACCGACGAGCGGAGGCACCCUGGGCCUCCAGGCGAAGAAGAAGCUGCAGCGAGCCCAGAUCCUCCCGCGGAGAGUGCGACUCCUCGGGCUGUCACCACCACAGACCCCCAGCCGCGCACAGAAGCAGCCAGCCCCGCGCAGACGUUCCUACUAGCCGUGGAGCAUCAGGUAGCAGUGGCCGGCUGUGUGUUCCUGCUGAUCGGCAUCCUCCUCCUGAGCGGGCUGACCUGGCAGUGGCGGAGGGCGAAGAGGAGAAGACCCACCUAGGGCAGGAAGCGGGCUGGACGGCGACAGCAGCCCAGAGCCGUCGUGGGGCGGCCUGAAGC